AGGAAGUGCUGUCACAAUUCACGCCGAUUUUCAUUGAGCAUUUUUAUCCUUUAUUUUUCAUCGAUAGUACACUGUUUAUUCGUAUCAGGCCAUGCAAACGUGGAGUCUCGUAACCUUAUGUGUUUUACUGGGACUUGUAGUGAGAUGGGGCGUUUCUUUGAAUCCUUAUUCGGGAGCUGCAAAACCUCCUAUGUUUGGGGACUAUGAAGCUCAAAGACACUGGCAAGAAGUGACUUACAACCUGCCUCUUCAGCAAUGGUACUUCAACACAUCUGACAAUGACUUGAACUACUGGGGCCUCGACUAUCCCCCUCUGACGGCAUACCACAGCCUUAUCUGUGCCUAUGUGGCCAAGGCUAUAAACCCAGAAUGGGUGGAGCUUCACAAAUCCAGAGGUUACGAGAGUUAUGCUCACAAGUUGUUUAUGAGAGCAACAGUGCUGGUGGCAGACCUGUUGAUUUACCUUCCUGCUGUAGUUUUAUACUGUUUGUUCCUCAGUGAUGGAUCCUCAAGGAAAAAGGUUUCUGUUCUACUAUCCACUCUGCUAUACCCAGGCUUGAUACUGAUUGACUACGGACAUUUCCAGUACAAUGGGGUUAGCCUGGGAUUGGCCUUAUGGGCUAUUUUGACUCUGGGUCUGGGCUGGGAUGCACUGGGCUCUAUGUUCUUCUGCCUGGCUUUGAGCUACAAACAGAUGGAGCUGUACCAUGCACUGCCCUUCUUCUGCUACUUGCUGGGAAAGUGUUUUAAACAAGGAUCAAUAGGGCAAGGAUUCUUCCUGCUGGUGAGAAUUGGCUUUGCUGUGCUGCUGACCCUUGCUCUGUGUUGGCUGCCCUUCUUGUCUGACCCCAGCCAGGCCUUACAGGUGCUCAGGAGGAUCUUUCCCGUGGCUCGUGGUCUGUUUGAGGAUAAAGUGGCCAACGCAUGGUGCAGCCUGAACGUCGUGAUAAAGAUCCGGAGCAUUAUGUCCAGUGACUCCCAGCUGUACCUCAGUUUGGCUUGCACGGUCCUGGCAGUUCUACCGUCUUCACUGAGACUUUUGACCAAACCCACAUUUUGGCAGUUCAAACUGGCCUUGGUAAAUUCCUCACUGGCAUUUUUCCUGUUUUCUUACCAAGUCCAUGAAAAGUCCAUCCUCUUGGCCUCUUUGCCGGCCUGCCUUCUACUGAGUGACCUUCCGCUCAUCGCCAUCUGGUUACUGCAGACGUCAACAUUCAGCAUGCUGCCGCUGUUUUUGAAGGACGGUCUCCUGGUGCCCUACUCUGUGACCUCGCUAGCGUUCCUGUACUUCAGCAUGUACCUGCUCUCUCCAUUGAAGCACUGCACUGAGGAGGAGCUGAGAAUGGGAGCCUACCGCAAGAUACUGUUCUUCCUGCCAAAGCUGGACCUAGGCUGUGUUGUGAGGUGGAAGUUCUAUUUCAGCACCCUAGCCAUGGCAGCUUUAAGCAUCGCCAGUGUAACAAUGUCUUCUCCACCUCAUCUACCGGACUUGUUUCCUGUGCUCAUCUCUACUUUCGCCUUCCUGCAUUUUCUGGGAACAUUUUUGUAUUUCAAUAUUGUCCAGUUCACCGAGCCACAAAGCAAGAAGAGCCAAAAGAAGACCAACUGAACAUUUUAGCAUGUUUUAUGUGGGGAAAACCAAUACGGUAAACUAUGGUGUAUACUGUGAGGUGACUUUGACUGCAAGAACGCUAUUGAAAGCAAAGAAUUCCUGUGUUUUACAUUUCCAGUACUGAUGGUGUUAAUACGUAACCACUCAUGUUUUGGAAACUUGGACCAAAUACUGUAUGGGUUAUAUUCUAUAAAUGAGGUUUAAAGGGCCUGUAUAUUGAUAUUUUCUGAUCUGUUAUAAUGUUAUUUCCUCAUCAAAAACAUACCUGGAUUUUUUUUUUCCAUUCACACAUAUUUAACACAAAAAUCCUUCAUAUUUAGACUGAGUUCUUCUCUCAAACAGAAAACCACUCCACUUUGUGAUGUUAUGUAGUUACACAGGAAGUGCUCCACUGUUUUUUUCCACUGAUUUCAGUCUCGGGAUUUGGCAAUUUUUACAAAACAAAAGGUAAAGGGUAGCUGUUAGCUUAAACUACUUCUAGAUGACAUCAUAAGGUGGAAUGGAGCAUUUGAGCUUUGGAAAUGUAGACAGACUAAUAAAGCAUGACUCAAAUAUGUGUGAAUGAAACAAAAAACAACUCCAAGUAUGAUUUUGAUGAAGUAACAACAUUAUAACAUGGCUUAAAGCUCAUAAGAAUCAAUUUUGUGUAAUGUUGGAUUUUUAAAGGCACAUGGUGUAGUUUCAUAGAGGGAAUAAAUUCUAGAAUUGUAAAUCAACAUCUUAUUGGAUCUGUUUGUAAUUGUAUGAUUUAUUUGGCCUAUAAGAAAAAUCCUGUACACCAUCUUUACGAGCAUUCAAUUUAGUUUACUAUACAUUUAUACAUCAGAGGGUUUUGUAUUUGUUUGAAUGUUACACAAUGCACUUCUGAAAGACCUCUAGGACCAAACCAACAGUUACACGUAAAAUUGUCUUAUUGAAGCUAAUGGAGAAUCUAAAAGCGUGUGCUCAGGUUUAAAUGGUGAAGGUGAUUAUGACCAACUUUUCUACCGUCAUUUUUGUACAAAGUUUUUUCUAAAAU